AUGCACGACACUGAUGCCCUUAGUUCACCGAAUCCCAAUAUCAAUGGCCCUACAAGCAAUCCCGAUAUUGAACUGGACAAAUUCAUAGAAUCAGUCAACACCGUCGGAGACCCCACCCCUGUUUUUGUGGAGGAAAAAAUUGUGCUUCCCUUCAACAGCGCGGCGAAUAAUAUUGAAGGAAAAUUCAACACCAAAGAGAAAACCACCCCGGGUGGUAUUUCACUCACCCCGACUCCAUUAAAAAGAAAACGAAAACCCACAGUUAGGGUGAGCAUUCUUAAUGUAGAGACGGUAUCGGCAAUCCCAGAGGGUGUGAACACGCCCCGCAGUGUGGCCAUCUGCCAAAAACACAAAUUCAACCCAAUUGAGCUCAUUCCCAGAAAAUUAUCCACCUUUGUGGAGCCAGGGGUCCCCGAUGAACUGGCCCAUACACGCUAUCAAUCCUACGAAAAACGUCGACAAGCGCACAUGGCGGUCGUUCUACCGGAAAGACAGGAAAUGACUAAACUUUCUCAACCCUCAAUGGAAAAUACUCCGGGAGACCCUCGCGAUAAAAAAGCCCUCAAACAAGAGGCCCCGGUAGCGAAUUCGAUGACUCGAGAAAAAAGUCACUCAAAUUUAUCAUCCGGUAACUCCGCGAGAGCGCUGGAUGCUAAUACAUUGGCCCAAAACCAAAGUGAAUCCCAUGUCCACACGGAAAAGGAUCUCAGUAUAUUCCCUGACAACCAAUCUUCAACCUUCAACGUGGAUAAUCCUUUGAACGGUAUUAAACAUUCUUCUACAAAGCGCUAUUCGCCGAUAUCAAAUCUCCUUUCACAACGCCAAUCACCGCAUUCCUUAGAAAGGAGCACAUACCAAGACCGAACCACUUGGAAAACUCAAUCCUAUAACACCUCACAUGAAAUUGAGAAAGAACUUCAAAACUUGAAUAAGAUAAUUCAGCAUGAAAAAAGGGCAGCGCAAAAUGUUCAACGCCAAAGAGAAUCAAUGGAAAUGAUGAUGGAAAUGCAUUACCUUAAAAAUAUUGAGAAAAUGAAGAGGGCGCGACUAAAUAAUAAAAUGGCUCACCUGAAGCAUGAGCAAGAAACUAUGAACAAUAUUAAAAAGAAGAAAUAUCAUAUCCAGACUGCCGAACCUGUGGGUCAUGGAGUAUUUUAG